UGACGUAUUGCUCAACUCUGGACACUAUAAUUUUUGUCGUUAAGUUUUAAAUUUCAUGUCUACGACAUACCUCUUGGAGAUAUCGUAUCAAGAUUUAUGUUGUAUUAAAAUCGACUUCUCCACAACGUUUAAAUGUCCAUGUGCAGCAUUUAGAGAUUGCGAAUGAAAGGGUGCAGGGUGUACAAAACAAUUCAAAGUCCUUCAACAUUUCAUUAAUAAAAAGUGUGAGCUGUUAAAACCUCACAUGAAUUUUAUUUUUUUUUAAAUAUCGAUCUAAAAGACAAGAAGAUUACAACAAAAAAGUAUUAGUAGUUUCUCUCAAAGAAGCACGUUUAAGUAUAAUGUAUACUUACUGUACUGUAUGGGGCUCUAUAACUCGCAAUAUUACAAAAUUAUACCCCGAUAAUGUACUAUGUUUGGAACAUUAUCAAGGGAUUUAGAAUAAAGGUAUUGCUAUAGUUUAUUUUUGCUAUCAAUUGCAUCAAUCGAAUUGUUCAGUAAACUAAGGUUGUGGAAGAUUAUAAUGUGACACUGACUCAGACAAACAGUAACUGCAAUCAAAUACAUUCAGAUGUUUGUGCAGUAAUUUCUACAAUACACCUUAAAAAACCUAUAAAAUGUUGAGGAACAACUCACUAGCCAUUAUUCGCUGUAACGUUUGCAAGAUGUGGCAAACAGGUAUAGUACUCUUUGCCGGUGUUCUCUGCUUACACCAAGUGGAGCCGCAGUCGACUGUGGAAGUGCUUCAGCGUAUUGCUGAUCGUGCAUUCGUGGAACAUGUCGACACUAUUUUAUUUUGGGAUUUAAAAGGAAAUGCAGCGCACAUUAUAAACACUACUCCGUACCCCAAAAUAGUUCUCGAUCGCAGCUCGGGUUUUGGACGAUUGCUUCAGGAGAAUUAUCUCGUUAUAAUGGAACUACACACAAGUGAGGAAGUAAGUAAGAUAUCUGUCCAAUAUUUUCUUCCAUUGAGCUUGGAACUUUAUUUUUCUUCUUCCAGGAAGACUUAUUUAACAUUUUGAACGAAGCAUUUAUUGGCGCAAUGAAUCAUUACUUGGCAAAGUUUGUGAUUUUAUUGAAUAAUGAUCACGGGAUGGAACGUGCAUUGAUGGACAUUAAAUAUUACUUUGAGCAUGUGCUUAUUAUGCAGUAUCUUGUAGUGAUACAUUCUAAAGAGCAGGGCACAGUGUUUGAGAUUGGAUAUUUUAAGGAAAACAAAUUCAGACGCGUCAACCAAACCGUUGACUUUGAAUCCAUCUUAAAGGCUCAGCUGAAGGAUCUUACACUACGGGCAAUCGUUAUCGAGAGUAUACCUUACUCGUACCGAUCGUAUGAAGAGCAAUUGGUAGGGUUAGAUAUUGAAAUAGCCCAAAUAAUAGCCCACAUGAUGGGUGUUGGAUUAUCUGUGACGCAAAAGGAAGCUUGGAACACUCUAGAAAUUCUAAAUCUUUUAUACGAUCAGAAAAUAGAUAUUUAUCUGACGCGGCGCGGUUAUAAUCCUGCACUAACAUUUCCACAGCUUCAUCUACAGGACCGAUUCACCGUGAGACUUAUGAUGCCAAAGAUAGACAGGAUCAACUUCAAUCUUCAAUUUCUUAAACCAUACAAACAGGAAGUUUGGUAUCUAUUGCUGUUACUGCUAACAAUCGCAUGUACCUUGAAUUGGUUCUUUUGGAAGCGUAUGUCGAUAAACGUGGUGAUGGUGAUCAUUUUCGGAUACAGUCGUAAAAUGGGCAAACUGACAGCUAUUCUGGUGGUGGUGAUACAAUUUCUUAAAUUUAUCCUACUUGAAGCUUACCUUGGUCAAGUGACAUCGUUUAUGAUAAGGCUGCGCUAUCAAGAGAAUCCACAAACAUUGGAGCAAUUUUUCGAUUCUAGCAUCUUGCUGAAUGCGCCGGAGAUAAUGGAACAAUUUCUGAACCAUUUGCCAACCAAUCUAUCGACCGCACUUAUGAAAAAGCUUCGUAAAGAUUCGCCAUUUAAGGAGUGGGCUGGGUAUGAGCCAGGCUUUGCAUAUAUCGUCACCGAGUAUGCAUCGGAUGCGAUGAAGAAUGCCUUUUCCUACGAAUCAAUGUUCAAUGCAACCGAUUUCUACAUCAUGGAGGAACCGCUGUAUGAGCUUGGCGUGUGCUAUCUGUUCGGUAUGUGGUCAAAGUUUAUAGUGAAGUUUAAGGAAUGUCUGGAGAGGCUGUACGAAACCGGGAUCUUUAUCAAACUGACCAACGAUGCUUGGAGAUUUGCGAACAGAGCGUUAAAGGCAAAUUCAUCGACGGUGUUAAUGUUUCCCGAUCUGGUGCCGGUGUUUUUCUUCCUCUGCUAUGGUUGGGCAUUGAGUGGGGUGUGUUUCGUAGCAGAGAUAAGCUUGCAGAUGGUGAGGAUAAUUAUUAGACGGAAUAUGUAUCGAAUUCGUACAUUAAUCUGGAUGCCUAACAUUGUAAAGCGAUUUAUUUGUCGUGUAGGUGAAAGUUCUAAAACACAAGCUUGGUGUGAGUGAGCUGACAAAGAGAAACACUUUUCAAAAACUGUUUUGUGCUAUGAAAGUAAUUACUUCAUUUGAAAUGAGUAUUUCAGUAAUAAAGAACAACAUUAAAGCUAAAAAUGUGAAAAAAAAAUUAAACGAGAGAAAGAAGUAUUCUUCACGUUGUUUCUUGUGGCGCCAUCUAGUGCAGAGUACUUAAUUUAUCAGCUUUCUUAUAUUUUAAACAAAAUAAACCAAGUAACAUCUAUUCAAAUUUUCGUACAUAUUUUAGUAUAAAAUAAUUAAUUUAAUUAUCAUGAAUUAUUCAGUUUAUUAAUCCGUCUUUGUUCUUGUGCAUUUAAUAAUUUAUUUUUUGCUUUUUAACAUUUGAAACAUAAAAUUAUUUAUUUACUUAUUUAUUUAUUUAUUCAUUCCUUAUCUAUUUAUUUGCUCUUUACUGUUUUUUUAAUGUUUUGACAAAAAUAAUUCCAAUCGUAAAAGAGAAAUCAGUUUAAGUGACUAAUAUUUCUAAUGCACCGGUCACGAGGGUGUAAUGAAUGCAAACAAUUUCAACAAUAAUACUGUCUGAAUACACUGCAAAGAUCCCACUUUCAGCACCAUCAUCAGCAGCAGAAUGAAUGAUCGAUCCAUUAGCAGUAUAAUUGCUUUGAAAGUGUUGCCUACGAACCGAUUCGCUUGCAUUCAGUCUCUCUGCUGCUGACUACCACCAGUGCGGGAAUGCCUUUACCAGCUAUCGAUCGUAAUCGCACAGGUAGCGUGUCGGUGUACCAGGUUCAGCAAUGCAGAAGGCGUGAUGUGGAAAUUUCAAUUUCAUUGCACGACACAAGCUGCAUUGAAUCACAAGCUGCAACCACACUGGCAUGUAUGCAACGGAGCAUUUGUGACGGGGUUUUUGGGCAGUGGCCCGGAAAUUCGAUAACG